GAUUGAAAUUACGAUUCAUUUUAAGCAGAAGAUAAAAAUGGUAGAAAAAAUGAUAGAAGUAAUUAUAUAGUCUCGUGUGUUACUUUGCGAGAUAAUUAAAAUUAUGAACGGAAGAGGAAUGAAUAUAUUCUCGUUAUUUCGUAUUGUUCCUUGAUUUGAAAUCGUUUAACAAUUAAUGCAUAAUGCAAAAGUAUCAUAUCUGUUUGAUGGCUCGCGCGAGCUGCAAGGUCGGUGACCGGCGUUGACCAAAUACCGUGAAAAGCAAGGUGUGCCUUCGUAAAUAUAAGCAUAUGAUACAUUCCAGUGGGAGUAUCGGAGAAAACGAGAGAGACAAAAAGAUCAGAUAGUUAGAAGAAGAAAUAUCUGGCGAUGAUGACAUCACGAUCGGGUCACAUCUUUUCACCGGAAAUUCGAAGACCUGCUACAUUUCAAUACGCCAUUUUUCUUCACAUAAUUUAGAGUUUUCAAAACUCCAAAUUAAUUCUACACUUUUUUAUGCCACCAUAUUAACCAACGAUUAUUAUAUUUAUUCUUUGAAUAAAAAUCCUUUCCCACGUAUGCUCCUCUUCAAUCAGACUUUAUUUAAUUAUGAUGCAUUUGGAAAUUAAUUUCCAAACCUGAUACAAACGAAUUGUAAUCUUCAUCCAUUCCAUUCGAUUCGAUAAAUAAACUUUUCAUUCCGCAAAAACAAAUAAACUGUACUUUGGUACAUAUACAUAUAAUAAGAAAUUUAUUCACACAACAAUAGUACUACAAUCUUCAGACAAACUUCGUUUCUUCUUUAACUCUCUUAUUUCGCAGGAGGUGUCAGCAACGGUCCAUUCCGACCGCCAUCUUCCCAAACCACUUACAUAACCCCAAACAACAACAAUGAAAACAAAGUUAAAUUUCAAUCAUCCCGGGCGCAAAAUCAACGACAGACGGGCAGACAGACACGUUUCCCUUCACGUCUACGUGUAUUUCGUGAAAUUUAGGAAGCGCGCCCGUUUGAGGCGGGACGAAGCGAGCGAGAGACAAAGAUAGCUCGACAAGAGGAAGCCCAAAGAGGCUGGCGUCGCCACGGUCGUCGGCCACGAAGAGGUCCGCCAGUACUGCACCGAGCCUCGUGCUAUAUCGAGCCGAACACGCUCUUUCUCUCUCUCUUUCUCUCUCCCUUAUUUAUCUCUCUUUCUCUUUCUCUCUGUCUUUUUCUCUCUUUCUCUCUCUCUCUCUCUCCCUCUUUCUCUGUUUCGACUUCGGUUCAGCCAUCAUCGAAGACAGUUCGCCGUGGAUACACCUCGAGGCUUUCCUCCGAUCGAUCCAUAGGAUCCGGUGAUCGAUGAGGAUAUUUCGAAGCUCGAUGAUCGUGGAACGGUGGAAAAGGUGGCCAGCAACGGAGUGAUCGUCGAGCGAGGCUCGACGUGGAAGAGGAAGAGGAGGAACGAUCAUGGGCAACGCCACCACGAAGAGCCACUACUCGAAGAGCCAGCCUCUGGCCGCCACCAGGAGGCCACGUUGGGAGGGAUCAGCAUUUGAUUCGGCUACAGGACUUCCGGCGCCACCGGGGAAGCCAAUUUUGAUACCAGGAGCGGACGAGUCUCAACCGGAUGUGGUCGCGAUUCGUUGGGAGAGGUCACCGAGUAACGGUGGCUCGGCGAUCGUUGGCUACCUGGUGGAGCAUCGAAGACUGGGCUCGCAGCAUUGGGUGCGCAGCACGUCGGGUCUUUGCACCUUUCCGGAACUGACCUUGAGCGGCCUCGAGCCAGGAUGGCGCUACCAAUUCAGGGUCAGGGCCCAGAACGCGGUUGGCUUGUCCCGGCCCAGCGAGAUCUCCGAUCCUUUGACCGUCACCUUGCAGAGAUCCGUUGCGUCCGCGCCCCAGUUUGACCUCGAGGUCAAGGACACCACUGUUUUCGAAAACGAGCAGGCCGAAUUUGUGGUGCGAUUUACCGGAUCGCCCCUACCAAAAAUCGCAUGGUUCAAGGAUGGUUUCGAGAUCUUCAGCAGUAGACGAACGAGGAUCAUCACCGAGAGUGGGAAAAGCGUUCUUCUCAUUCAUCAAACAGCGCUCAACGACGAGGGAGAAAUAAAAUGUACAGCAACGAACCGAGCUGGCCAUGCUAGCACCAAAGCGAGAUUAAUCCUGGAAGCACCUCCAAAGAUACGACUUCCGCGCCAAUACGAAGACGGCCUUCUCUUCGAGCAGGACGAAACGAUCAGAUUAAAGGUGUCGUUAGCUGGAAGGCCUCCACCAUCUGUGAUUUGGUACCACGAUGGCGAGGUGGUUUUAACCGACGAAAGACACGUCUUCGAGUCGAUGGACGGUGAAUCGAUCUUAAAGAUACCCGAUGCCAAACGAGUCGACAGAGGAGAAUAUGUGGUUAAAGCGAUAAAUAAACUUGGGGAGGACACAUCAUCGUUUCUGGUGACUGUGACAGAUCGACCUGCUGCGCCUGGAAAAGCGACAGUCACGAUGACGUUAGGAAGAUCGGUGUCAUUGACGUGGCAAGAGCCGGAAGACGACGGUGGUUGCAAGAUUGGCACAUACAUCGUCGAGUAUUAUAGAAUCGGUUGGGACGUGUGGUUGAAAGCGACCACGAGUAGGCAAACUAAAGCGACGUUGUCCGAGCUGAUCGAAGGAUCUGAGUAUAAAUUUCGAGUGAAAGCAGAGAAUCCGUAUGGAGUAAGCGAGCCAAGCGAGGAGAGUGAUGUAAUAUUCAUUCCAGAUUUGAAAAGAGGUAUAGUGGCGCCCUUGUUGAGCGGAAAAUCUCAGAGUCAAAGAGAAAUUAGAUCGCGAGAGAAACGAGAAGUGAGUUUCGCCGUUCCAACUCAGAGAACCAGAAGUUUGACGAGAGAGGAAGCCCGGGAUGACGAUAUUUUUGGACCGGCUAGUCGAUCGAUAUCGGCUCAAAGACUAACAGGAAGGCCAUCCAGAGCUGACAGCAGGGUGACUUUUGCUUUGGAUACAAUGGAUAAGUCGAAGCCACCUAUUCCACCGGCCAGAUCGAAGGAUCAUUCCAGUUCGAGGCAUGAGAAUCAGGUUGGAAAUCACGUGGAUCGUUCAACUAUUAACACGAAUCUACCAAACAUUGAGGUUUUAAUUCAAAAUAAAGAACCUCCAUCAAUACAAAUACCACUGGCAACCGUGACAGUGACCCCACCUACAAUAGAAGAAUCCAACAAGCGUUCAGCGUUCAGAGAAUCGCGUUCGCGAUCAGUUUCCAUGUCCAGAGAGCGCAGCAUGUCGCCAUUGUCGAUGCCCAAGAUUCAAGAACAGCACGAAGAGGAAACAUUCAACUAUUCGCGUCCAUCUUUAAGUUUAACUUCGAAAAAGCAACAAGCCGACGAAAUUGAAAUACCGCGAAUAACAAAAAGUGAUACUUUGUACGACAAAUUAGGAUUGCCUAUCUCCCCUAGAGAGGAUGAUGUCACCGUUAUGCAUGGAAGUUCGGAAUUUAUGCUGGUUUUGUACCCAGAAGAUCAAGCGAAGAAAGUGGAUGAUACGACGCAAAAAGAUUUAGAGGCAAAACAAGGUGCAACGGAGGGGGCAGAGGAUAUCGAAGACCUGAUACCACCACCUAUGUCCCUUUCUCUCCCGGAACUGUUCAGCGCGGAGCACCAAGUGGUAGAAACCCUGAGAGAGGCGGUCAGCUCCACUGAGCUCCUUCACGAACGUGCCAUGGAACGUUUCUAUCGUGCAGUGGCGGCUGAAGAAGCAUCGGAACUAGCUAAGAGGAAAAGCCAACUCGAGAGAAGAACCGGGGAGCUGGCGACAACGAUAGCGAACAAAACAGGUGCCGAAGACAUCUCAGACAGCCAAAGAUCCUCGUUCAAACGGCGACUGUCCAACCCGAACGUUCCAUCCUCGAACCUGAUCACCUGGCAGUCGAAGAAUCGUAGAAGACUGAGCGAUAGCCAAACGGAAACCGUCAAAGCACCUCAGAAACUCUUGACCCCUACCACCUUUUUAUUGGACGUGGAGGCAAGGUCUGAUCCCAAUAUACCCAGCGAUUCAGAGUCACCGAUUGCGACGCAAUGGGGAUUGGAGAAUAAACCAAUUUUGGAAGACACGCCAUUGCGCAGAUGGCACGACACCAACGUCUCCUCAUUGGUCGAGGAAGAAAAAUCGAUAGCCUGGCAAUCAGCGAACAACGAGGGUGUGCGCAUCGAGGAACCGCCUCGAGAUCAAAUUCAACCGACUCAACAAUCUCAACCAGGAACGAGGCGAGAAGAGGAGGAAAAGGAGGAGGAGGAGGAGGAGGAGGAAAGCAUAGAAUCGUCGGAAGAAUCCUCGGAGGAAAUCAGCAGCGCCGACAGCGAGGAUUUGAAGCUUCUGAAAGCAAGAAUCCUUGCCAGACAGGUGCUUGACGAGGAGGACACUUAUCAUCCAAGGGGGAAACCGAUUCUUCACGUUGAAACUGAGCCAUCCUCGCAACCGAUUCGAUCUAUAGCCCUCGUCUCUCCCAGCACCGUGGUUCCAAAAUCGAUCCUGAAGAAGCCCAAAGAGGAGCCGAUCCCCGUGAACAGUUUCGGCAGACCUAUACCACCCGAAAAACCUAUUAGAAGAUCAUUACCUCCAAACGUUCAUCCGUUGAGCAGGAACGAGCAGGAGGAGGAAGCGAGCGAGGAGAGACAGGUCACGCCAGAGCCUGCCAGGGUACCGGUUAUGUCCGAGUCCGACACCGACAGCGUGUUGUCCGCGGGCGAAGCGGCUAAAAAUCGCAGGAUUCAGGCAAAGAUGAGAACAGCGACACCGGAGGAGGAGGUGGACGAGGAGGACAUCGAGGCAAGGAUGGCGGUGGUCAAUCAUUAUACCGAGAUAGUCAGGGAGCACUCCUCCCUCGCUCGUUAUCAUAAUUACAGAAAUUCCGAGGAGAGGAGACAGUUUGGGGAGAUAGCUUCGACUGGUUCUAGGAGAUCCUCGAUCUCGGACGAUCAGGAGACAAGUAAUCAAGGGAGAGAUCGUUUCGAGGGUUUCGAAGUGUCAGGAAGGCAGGAAAACGUCGAGGGAAGAAAGAGAGUCGAGGAGAGGCAACAAACGAAAGUUGUCGCGGGUUCUCGAGGGACGACUCCAGCCAGGGAUACGAAGGAGAAACGAUCGAGCAGACCAUCUUCCAGGAAUCAGUCCCCGGUUUCGAGAUCGAGGAACGUGUCCACCGAAAGAGGAGGAGUUUCCUCGAGGUCCUCGUCGAAGAGCAGGGUUCGUGCACCGUCUCAAGACAGAAGGCCACCUUCGAGGACUGGGUCAGAGGAGCAACGAUCCGUUCGAGAGUGGUCCGUGGAGGAAGGUAGAAGUGGUGGUCGAUCGAGGAGAUCCUCUUCGAAGACACCUUCCAGAUCUAAUUCGAGGGACAGGAACAGAGCGGGAACUCCCGUCGAGUCGAAGAUGGAACGUCUGCAGAAAGCUUUGGAGAGCAAGAGGUAUCGAUCCUAUUCUAGACGUGGAUCGAGCUCACGUGGAAGGGAGUAUCAAUCUGAAAAAGGUUGGCGGGAGAGUCGAUUGAACGAGGAACAACUUGCUAUAGAGGCGAAACAUAACGUGAGAUCGACAGUGGAAUAUAUAACCGAUCUAACAUUGUUGCUUGCCGCUGUCUACGUUUAUCUGUUCAAGAAGGAGACCCUGGCGAUUCCCUUCAUAGCGCUUCUGUUCUAUAGAAGAAUCCAGCAUGAGAUCAAGGGAAGAGUGUCGAAAGGAUGGUGGUCGUCGAAACGAAACUCAUGACGAGGACACGACGAAUCUUACAUUUUGAAUGGGAAGAUAAAAAUGGGGAAAAAUAUUUAUGGAAAUUUUGGAAAUUGUACGUAGGAUCGAUGUAUAUGUGUCGAAGAGAUAUUUUUGAACCUUUGAUACUGGGGAUCAUUACGAUCAUCGUCGUACUUACUCGUGAUGAUCGCUCGAAGAACAAAUUCUUGACCUUCAAUUCGACGGCAUUGCAACGUGCCGAUUCUCGACCUUUAGGGUUGUAGACUUUGAGAUGCAUUCGUAUGGCAAUCUGUCAAGUGCAAUCACGGUGCGAUCAUCGAUUGAUGGCUUGUUCGAUGACAGGCCAAUUGUUGUAUUUCAUUUGAGAAUUUCACGCGGAACGAAUAUCAAAAAUGAUAGUACAUGUUUUACAAGAGAGAUAUAUUUAAUAGUAUAUGAAUUAUAAAUUAUUAUUAUUUGUUGUAACUAUUAUUUAUUCCUAUUUAUUAUGGAUAUUCUUACGUGCAAUAAAUAUGUACAUAACUGUUGAAUUUAAAUUUAUUCUUCUUUCUGUUUUAUUUUUAGAUUUUUCUUAUGAUUUUGAAUUAUAUUCGUGUAAUAAUUACGAUAAAAAUUUAAGAAGAAGAAAUCUUUCACGAUGUUUAUUAUUAUUUAAGAGUUAAGAAAUAAAUUGUAGAAAUAAAGCGAUUGCUUUACAAUUUUA